ACAGCCGCCACCAGAAAUUUCUCCUUCGUUUCAAAUGCUUCUCUGUCCCUCCCUUUUGAAUCCUCAAUUUCUCCCCCAACAACAAAACAUCCUUGUCUUUCUCUCUCCUAGGGUUUCUCUGCUACUGAAUUGCUGCUCCAACAAGAUUCACCUAUACAAGCUUUCAUGGGGCAAGUAGAUAUUUUGUCCUAAUGUUGUUUAAGAAGGAGAGAUUUACUUCUAGAUAAAACAUAGAUGUUUACUGCCAGACAAAUAGUAUUGUCAUGAGAGGAUAUUUCUACUUAGAGUAAGGUCAAACUAAACUUAUAUAGAUAGCCAUGGAUCACUCAGAACAAACACAGCAACAACGACGGGAACAUCAGCAGCAGCAUCAGGCAAUGGGCAUUGUAGCUGGUAGUGGUCAGAUGGCCUAUGCUACUCCUCCCUACCAAACUGCUCCCAUGGUUGCUUCAGGCACACCAGCAGUAGCUGUCCCUCCCCCGACACAGCCUGCCACUACAUUCUCCAAUUCCUCUCACCAACUUGCAUACCAGCAAGCACAACACUUUCACCACCAGCAGCAGCAACAACAACAGCAGCAACUUCAGAUUUUCUGGGCCAAACAAAUGCAGGAGAUCGAACAAACUACUGAUUUUAAGAAUCAUAGCCUCCCGCUUGCUCGGAUUAAAAAAAUUAUGAAAGCUGAUGAAGAUGUCCGGAUGAUCUCAGCCGAGGCCCCUGUCAUAUUUGCAAAGGCAUGUGAAAUGUUCAUCUUGGAGCUAACUCUGCGCUCUUGGAUCCACACAGAGGAGAACAAAAGAAGAACACUGCAGAAGAAUGACAUUGCUGCCGCCAUUUCAAGGACUGAUGUCUUUGAUUUCCUGGUUGAUAUUAUUCCUCGAGAUGAAUUGAAGGAAGAGGGACUUGGUAUCACCAAAUCUACUAUUCCUGCUGAUAUGCCCUACUACUAUGUCCCACCACAGCAUCCGGUUCCACCACCAGGGAUGAUAGCUCGACCACCAGUUGCUUUCAUGCCGUGGCCACAGACUCAACCACAGCAACAGCAAUCUCAACAGCAGCAAGGUGACUCGUAAGUUUGGAGUAAUAGGUAGUGUUGAGAUUGCUUGGCGAAGAAUCUGAUGAUCUGAGAAUGAGAUGAAUCUUAGUGUACUAGUAGAUGUAGUGUUAGCCGCCAUUUGUACAAAGUGGUUUCAUUAAGUCAAAUGUGAGGCGGCUGUAUCAUCAAUGGGUUUGUGUUUUGCUCUUAGAUUGGGAUAAUUGGUUAUACCCUUUUUUUCCUCCCUUUCCUUUGGGAUUGUUAUGGUAGAUCUGAAGGACGUUAGUCACCAUAGUUAAGUUUGCUUCUUUGUUUUUUUGUAACAAUGAUUGGAAGGGCUUUUACAAGGAAUUUCAAGUUAUUGUAAUACUCCAAUGAUUAGCUGUUUUUCAACCGUUGGUGCAUGAGUUUGUGUUAGUAGUG